AAAUUAUAUAUAUAUAUACAAUAUCAUCGCAUCUGAAAAAAAAAAAAUUUUCGAAACCGUAACGUAUAUUUAUGAUUAAUAUAAAUAAUACAAAUGAUUGGCAAUAGUUGGAUAGCGCGAGCUGGUAUAAAGCUUGUCGCGACCAUUUACUCUUCAUUACCGAUUAUCUCCUGCAUUUAUUAUUUUUCCUAUGUUACAAACCGAAAAUCGUUUUUAGUCGAUUUGCUUCCAAGUACUUUUUCUGCUACUUUAAUGGAUACGUCAAUUUCAGCAUUCCUGCACUACUGGUUAGGUUUCGAACUUGUUUUUCAUUUGUAUUUUCUAAUGACAAUUAAGAGAUUUCAAAAACUAUUGCCUCCGGUUAUCCCACCUAAGCAUGUACGAGUAGAAACAUUAUAUAACUGUCUUCAUACCGUCGAUAAAUUUGAAACUUGGCUUGAAGGUUGGUUCAAUACUGGAAGUAAAAAAGCAAAAUUUGAUCAAAUUCUCAGGGGAAACAUUGAAGAAUGGCUAGCUUGGAGCUUCUUUGCUAGUAGAAUUGAAGACGUUCGUCAAAAUACCGAAUACUUAAAUGAAUUAUAUGAAGCUAUCAGCUUCAUCGAAAAUGAAAAAAAAGUUAAAUUUCCUGAGGGAUAUAAUCCUGAUGUUAGAUGUAUUCGAUUGACAUUAGAUCCCGUUAAAGCCAUUCCAAGACCUUUUGUAUUCUACAUUGUAAUUUUCUUAUUUAAUUAUGUAACUUUCGUAAUUUUAAAACUUUUUGGGUUUGAGCAUUAUGGAUUAAAUGAAAGUAUUUUGAAUGGAUACUGGUCUAGUACGCUUGAAUUUGAUAUCCAGGAGGAAACUAGUAAAUUGCCGCCAUCACGAAUAAGCUAUUGGUAUUAUAAUCCCGGUGAUACUGCAACUAAAAAAAAGAAUUAUCAAAAGCAACAGCCAAUUGUCUUUAUUCAUGGAGUUGGUUGUGGUUUAUGGGUCUAUGGCAAUUUUCUUAAGAAGUUGUACAAAUUAAAUCGCCCAAUAUUCUUGGUCGAAUUACCACAUGUAUCCAUGAGAAUGGUUGAAGAUGUACCAACUAUGGAAGAAACUGUUCGAGAAAUUGAAGAGAUGCUCAUGUCAAAAGGAUUUUCUAAAGCCACAUUCGUUGCUCAUUCAUUGGGUACUGCAGUGUGUGCUUGGAUAAUUAAAGAGUCAAGGAAAUGUGUCUCCGGCUGUGUUUUAAUCGAUCCUAUUUGUUUCUUAUUGCAUUAUCCAGAUAUAGCUUAUAAUUUUGUUUAUCGUACACCAUUGGCCGCAAAUGAGCAUGCGACCUAUCUAUUUGCUUCACGUGAGUUAUAUAUUUCGUACUAUUUUUUCCGCCAUUUCCAUUGGUACCAAUCUGCUCUUUAUGUCUCGCCACGAAAUAUGCUUCCAACAAAUACAUACAUUUAUCUAUCAGAAUAUGAUAAUAUAGUUCCAUCAUCUGAGAUAUAUAAGUAUCUUUUGAAAAAUAAUAUCUCCGUUCAUAUGAUGCGGGGAUUAGACCAUAGUAGUUUUUUAUUUCGACCGGAUUGGGAGGAUAGAAUCAUUAGUGAUGUAUUAAAAUGUUGUAAAGCAUCAAGGAGGAGUUGGUAAUAUCAACAAAUUUUUGGUAAAUUUAAUUUUUUUCCUUUAAAAAAGGAACACAUUUUUUUAAUUUAUCCUAAUUCUCGAUAUAUUAAUGUUAUAGUGUGAUUUAGGAUAUAUAUUUCUUCUCUUUUUCAUUAUAUUUUCCCUUUUUAAUAAUAAUUUCUUUGUAAAUUUUUCUUUCAUAUUCCCUUUGUUUAUAACUCAUUAUAUAUAAAGAAGUUAGAAAUUAAUUGAUUAAUUGGUUUUUUUAUU